AUAAAAUCCCAGUGUUGAGUGACGCAGGAGGGCAGUGGAUGGUCAGAGCUGAGAUGAUGUGCAACAACUAAGCCCAAGAGUCCGUUGUCCCCGGUUUUAACAGAAUACCAUGUUCUGCAGACAGAUGAGCGUCUGAAGUGCCCUUGCUUGCACUGAUGUAUUCAGUUACUACAUCCGUAACUUUAUUGUGUUCUCUGCGCAUAAUCGAGAUCAUCUGUCCGGAGUCGAUAUUACUGCUCCAGUAACGGAUUGAUCCGAGCUUCUCAUUCACGUUUUACGGCAUGACAUGUAGAUAAUCAUCCGAUACUUUGAUGGGGCUCCUGAGGAUCAUGAUGCCACCCAAGUUCCAGCUGCUGGCUGUUAUGGCGUUUGGAGUGGCGAUGCUGUUUAUUGAGAACCAGAUUCAGAAGCUGGAAGAGUCUCGGGCAAAGCUGGAGCGCACUAUGGCCAGACACGAGGUGCGAGGCGUGGAGCAGAGACAGACACGGGACGGCGUUCGGGACUCCCCGGCAUUGCCUGAGAUUGAGGAUCUGAUUAUCAUCUAUAACCGUGUGCCCAAGACUGCCAGCACUUCCUUCACCAACAUUGCAUAUGACCUGUGUGGAAAGAACCGCUUCCAUGUCCUCCACAUCAACACCACCAAGAAUAAUCCGGUCAUGUCUCUGCAGGACCAGAUGAGGUUUGUAAGGAAUGUGACAUCCUGGCGAGAAAUGAAACCAGGUUUCUACCAUGGCCAUGUCGCCUAUCUGGACUUCACAAAGUUUGGAGUCAAGGGAAAGCCGGUAUACAUCAACAUUGUACGGGACCCCAUCGAGAGGUUGGUGUCGUACUACUAUUUUCUCCGAUUUGGAGAUGAUUAUCGGCCAGGUCUCAGACGGAGAAAGCAGGGGGACAAAAAGACCUUUGAUGAGUGCAUGUCUUCAGGAGGUUCUGAUUGCGCUCCUGAGAAGCUUUGGUUACAGAUCCCCUUCUUCUGUGGUCAUUACUCUGAGUGCUGGAAUGUUGGCAGUAGGUGGGCUCUCGAACAGGCCAAGUAUAAUUUGGUGAAUGAGUAUCUGCUCGUGGGAGUGACUGAGGAGCUGGAGGAUUUUAUCAUGAUGCUCGAGGCCGCGCUGCCACGCUUCUUCAGAGGAGCGACUGAGCUCUACCGCACAGGCAAGAAGUCUCACCUGAGGAAAACGAGCGAGAAGAAACCUCCCACUAAAGAGUCCAUCUCAAAGCUGCAGCAGUCCAACAUAUGGAAGAUGGAGAACGAGUUCUACGAGUUUGCGCUGGAGCAGUUUCAGUUUGUGCGCGCUCACAGCGUCAGGGAAAAAGACGGAGAGCUUUACCUGCUGGCUCAGAACUUCUUUUACGAGAAAAUCUAUCCAAAAGUAAACUAGAGUUGACAUUAGCAUGGUCCAAGUGUCAUUUGGCCCGUUCAUGAACUGUUCUGUCACAUUCACUGGGAAGAGAAGAAAAGGACUUCUGCAGUGUGGACAUGUGAAUACCCGGAAGUCCUAGACUAGAGGGGGUCGAAGGACUUAAAGAGUGUGUUUUUUGAGAGACUUCACUCAGUCCUGACUCUGACGCUCGUUCUCUAGCCACUUUGAGCCCAGUAUCUUUUUAUGGACUUUUACAGCAGUGAAAACACUUGUGACACCACCAUCAAAUUUUCACAUAAUUCAUCAUGCCUCAUGACAGAACCUCUUUGGCCAUCACUCAUUGUUGUGAAAAAAAAAAAAAAAACAUAUUUGAACAGGGUCAAAAGGGUACUGCUUUUUGUACCAGAUGUAUGGUAUAUUAGAGCACCUCCUUAUUUUACUACUAACUGUGGUUUUGUGAAUUCUUAACACUUUCUUGCAUUGUGUGUAUUCAUUUUUAAUAGAAUGCCAUGAACAGUGUUUACAGACUUUAGUCAAGGUAUUGUAGCCAGAGUUUAGAAUGUGGUAAAAACAGAUUUCACAUCUGUACAAAUUGUAUUUACAUUGUAUAUUUUAUGUAAUUGGACCAAAUGGUUGUAAGAAAUUCAAAGUUGUAGAAUUUAAAACUAGUCAUUUAGAAAAUAGACAUCUUUUUUGGGGACCCCACUGGUGCUUGCUUUUUCUUUACACUCUUUUUUUUAUCAUUGCAUCUCCUGAAGACGCUAAAAUAAUGAAACGGAACAGAAACUGACCUCUGAGACGAACUUUCAUCUUUCAUUGACUGGUUAAAGAUCAUUAGAUCUGGCCUCCGUGUUCCUGUUUCUACCUGCUUCUGUGUGAGGCCUUAUCUGUCCAGAAAAGGUUCCUUGAACGAUAACUGCAAAUAUCAUCAUGCAUCUUGUAGCAGUCUGUACUGGUUUAAGGUAACUUGAUCUCAACAGACUACUACCCUCUCGGAAGUCGUAAUAUUGCCUUUUACCAGAGGAUGAAAAAAGAAAGAAAGAGGCUUAAACCAACAUUAGUUGUUCACUCAGUAGUGCCUUCAUAAAUCAUUCACUCCACCCUGGUUUCAGCAGUUGUUCAGAUCAUUUAAACAAUGUCUGUGUAUUAAAUUGUGUUUAAACUGCCAGCCUUUCUUUCUUUCUUCUUUUUUUUUUUUUUUUUUUUUUUUUUUUUGUUUGUGUAAAUUGUCUCAAAGCAUUUCAAAUAAACUUUACUGUCAGUGA